AUGAAAGCUCCAAUCCUACGUCAUAGCUUCCGAAGGGUUGUUUCUCUUAGACCUCGAACAAAAUUCGAACAGAACCUCAAAGCUCCCGCUCAGCUCCCGUCCAGCUCUUCUUUAUCCUUCCCAAAAUCUUCUUUACCAAUUUAUUCCUCGCUUGGGUUGUUUACAAUGGAGAGCCUAAUAUUCCACCCCUUCAUUUUAUUCUAUCAAUUGAUACAAUGGUUCCUGGACAAGCUCUUGUCUCCGGAAGCACCAGGCCCGGGAGCAGAUCUUGGUAGGCCCAAAAUUGCGAUUAUUGGGGCGGGCCUGACAGGAGUGGCUGCCGCAAGUCAUUGUGUCGGACAUGGAUUUGAUGUGCAGAUAUUUGAAGCUGGACCUAGGACACAACUGGGCGGUAUUUGGAGUCGAGUAAACAAUACAUCUGGCCUCCAAAUCCACAGCGUUAUGUACCGCUUCCACCCUUCCAUCCGUUGGCAAGGUGGGUACCCCAAUCGCCAGCAGAUCGUCUCCCAGAUUACGGAGCUGUGGAAACGCUAUGGCCUCGAAUCCAAGACGAGAUUCGAUACGAAAGUCGAGAAGGUAUAUAAAGACAAGCAAGGGCAAUGGGUCGUCAACGACACCUCCCUUGGACGCUUCGAUGGCAUCAUCGCUGCCGUCGGAACUUGUGGGGACAAAAAAAUGCCGCAAAUGCCUGGAAAGAGCAGGUUCAUGGGAGAAAUCUGCCACUCGAGCGACUUGACGGGCAAGGAAGUCAAGGGAAAGAAAAUGGUGAUUAUUGGCGGCGGUGCAAGUGCUGUCGAAGCAUUGGAGUUUGCAGCUCACGAGGAGGCGGGUAAGGUGUUCAUCUUAGCGAGGAGCGACAAGUGGAUCAUCCCCCGACAUGCAGUUAUUAACGUGUUGUUGUCGCUUAACAUUUUUGGUGGUGAGACGGUCCUCUCCUGGAUCCCGGAGCUCUUGCUCAAGAAAUUCUUUUACCGCGACCUCGAGGACCUUGCUCCAACCGACCAUGGUCUUUACACCGGUACACCGAUGGUCAACUCGGAUGUCAUGGAUAAGAUCCGAUCAGGCGAAGCAGAGUGGCUUCGAGGUGACAUCCUUGGUUUCACGGAAGGCGGCAUCAAGUUCAACCACCGCGGUAAAGGCGUCCCCGCCAACGGCCCCGGACGGGAGAGAGUCAUCCCAGCGGAUAUAGUGGUAAUGGCCACUGGCUUCGAGAGACCCAGCCUCAAGUUCCUCCCCGAUGACUCUUUCGUCGAGCCCUACAACCCACCGAAUUGGUACCUCCAGACCUUCCCGCCAGAGCACGUCUCCGUCUCGGCCAUCAACUGCACGUAUAUCAAUGCGAUCGGCUCGGUCGGAAACUGGCACAUUGGCAUCUACACGCGUAUCCUCCUUAUGUUCCUCUCCGAUCCUUUGACUCGUCCGAAGUCGUACUGGAUGGAGCGAUGGAUCGAUAUGACGCGCAUGCUGAAGACGUUUGCUCCGACUGGCGCUUUUGAUUUCUUCACGUACCUGGAGUUGAUCUGGUGGUUUGCGUUUUGCAUUGUCUUCAACCCCUUCAGGUGGAAGUGGGCGCUGUUUGUGUUCUUCGGCAUUGGGUAUAUGUUGCCGAAAAGGGUUGUGGAGGCAGAGGAUCGGGUGAGGAAUGGGAUGGGCUUGAAGAAUGGGACAGAUUAUGAUAAGGGGAGAAGUUUCUAG